AUGUCUUCUGAAACUACUAAUUCCAAUGCUGCAAGCAGCCAGGAGGAUGGGAUUAAUGAUCUUCAUGAUUUGGAGAGUUCACUUGCUUCAUUUCCUAUUAAGCCACUUCAGGCACUCAAAGGCUGUUUUGACAUUGGUGAAGGUGAGGGUGCAAAUGGUCCAAAUUGGAAAGGUGUUAUGCCAUUGGAAAGUGAUACAAAGUCAUCAAGACCCAUGGACCAAGAUGCUGGAAGACACGAGGGUGAAAAUUCCGGGCAAAGUGGCUCUUUCACACGCCAGGUUAUUCCAGAGCUUAAAAAGACUUGAGCGGUACACUAAUAC